GCCGCGGCGGCGAACGACUCCGGCGGCGCGGAGGCGAACGUCUGCGGUCGUCGCGGCGCCGCGGCGAACGGCUGCGCUCGCGCCGUCGUGGCGAACGCGAGCGGCUGCGCGACGGGCGCCGGCGGCUGCGCGACGAAUCGCUCGACGACGACGAGCUGGAGGAGCUGGAGCUGGAGCUGGAAGAUGAGGGGGAGCGGCGCCCCAUGGUUGCAAGCGCGAGCUUGGUUGAUGUCUAUGGUUGCUCACAGAGUGGAAACGAUGCAGAACAGCAGCGAUUUCGAGCUAUGCGCGCAAUGCGGGGUCUCAAAAGCC